GACAGAUAUGCGGACGACCUCUUUCCUUGCAUACUUUCAGUUCAGAAACCUUGGAUGUAAAGUUGUCCGUCCCUCUGUUAUCAGCAAUGGAGUCCAUCUCACCCGCCCAGCAUGCGGCGCUUCUUCAGAGUCCAGCCGCGACUCCCCCACCAGGGGUCGAAUCCAACCUGAUCAAUCCCCCUAACCAACGGGCCGUGUCUAUCUUUGUGAUCCUGUUCCUGGGGAUUCUGACCUCAUUGGCCCUGACGAUUCGACUGUACACGCGGGUAGUUCUCCUCCAUCGGAUGAAACUAGUAGAUUAUUCCCUCCUGCUCAGCUGGGCCUCCUUCAUCGCCUACCUAAUCAGCGCCUGGCUCGCUGGCAGCAUCGCCCCACUCGUCGAUCAAUGGAAUCUCCGCAACCAGGACUACAUCACCCUCCUCUUCUACUUCUACCUCGCCCACGCCCUCUACGGCAUCAGCAUGCUCUUCAUCAAACUCUCCCUCCUCCUCAACAUCCUCGAACUCUUCACCCCGCUGCACCAAAAAACCACCCUCUACAAAGCCUGCCACCUCAUCAUCUGGACCAACAGCACCUUCUACCUCCUCUUCAUCAUCCUGCAACUCUUCUCCUGCCACCCCGUCUCGAAAAGCUGGGACAUUCUCAUCCCGCACGGCGUCUGUCUCAACACCGAAGUUAUCGAUCUUGUGGCGGGGGCUAUCAACACCACCUCGGACUUGAUCAUCUUCACGCUCCCGCAGAUCCGCAUUUGGGGACUGCAGAUGAAUUUGAGGAAGAAACUCGCCGUGUCGGGGUUAUUCUCUCUAGGAUUAUUAGCCUGCGCGGCCUCCAUCCUCCGCCUCAUCCACUCCAUCUGGGUCCUGGUCAGCGCGAAUAAAUCCUACUACGAGUAUUUCUGCGUGUUGUGGAUGAUGGGCGAAAUGGGGUUCGGGAUUAUGGUGGGGUGUUUUCCGCUGUUGCCGAGGUUUGUGAGACAUGUGAGAGAAACUAUCUUUGCUUUGAAGAGGCGGGGUGUGCUUGAUGGUGGGGAUGUUCGUGUGGGUGGCAAGGGGGAUGUGGCUGGGGAGCAGGAUAUGGAGAUCUUGUUGGUGUCGGUGGGGAAGGAUCGGGGGUAGGUCUAUAAUUACUGCUCAUUUUAUUUAGGAGUUUGGUAGUUAUCUUAGAUGUCUAGAUGGUUC